UCGCGUUGCCCUGCGGUUGUGGAAACAAAACAAAACAUAAUAAAAACAGUCCUCAGCAGGCGCUGGAUUGUCAAUCGUUAGCGAACGAGCGGUUUGUUUGCUAGUUCCAGUUUCGAGGCGUUCUAUCGGUUGUGUUGUACGCGUUCAAAUUACUGGUAGAUAAUACUUACUUUGAAGUGCAUUAGGUAAAGUGUGAAAAUAAAUUCUUCGUGGGCUGCAAUCAAUACAGCCAUAUAGUAGACAAAUAACGAUGAGUUCCGGAGUGGAACAACGACAAGGAGACAGCAAAACAUCCAGCGUUUCAGUGACGAUCAAGCCGAUAGACAGUUUGGAAUCCCGCGGAUCACAGGUCGAAAGCUACGAAAUGGCAAACGAAAAUGCACCCGUGCCGCCGGUGACGCUGACGGUGGAUGGCUUCGGUACAGUGAAGCAUCCGAAGAGCGGUGCGGAAGAAACCGUGAAACGAUUCACCUGGCAGAACCGCCAUGGAAUGUCGGUGCAGGUGAUAACGUACGGUGCCAUCAUCACGUCGGUGAAGGUGCCGGAUCGGGCCGGACGGGUGGAUGAUGUGGUGCUCGGAUUCGAUGACAUUCCCGGCUACCAAACGAAAAAUAAUCCGUACUUUGGAGCGACCAUCGGACGAAUUGCGAACCGCGUCGGUGGUGGCCGCUUCAUGCUGAAUGGCACCGAGUACCAGGUGACGCGCAACUUUAACAAUCGCCACCAGCUGCAUGGAGGUGCAGUAGGGUUCGAUAAGUACAACUGGGAGGCGCACGUAGACGGGACGAUUGUGACCCUGUCGCACUUGUCGCCUGAUGGAGACGAAGGAUACCCUGGCGCAGUGAUGGUCAGUGUGCGCUACCAGCUCACGGAGGACAAUCGGCUUGAGGCUCUGUUCAAGGCCGUAUCCACCCAACCAACGCCUAUUAAUCUGACUAACCAUUCAUACUUUAAUCUCGCUGGCCAUGCAACCGGCCACGAGGAAAUUUACCGCCAUGUCGUCAGCAUAAACGCCGAUAAGAUUACCGACACCGACAGCGAUUCAAUUCCGAGCGGCAAGUUUAUCUGCGUCGGAGGAACACCGUUCGAUUUGCGUAUCCCGCGCGAACUCGGCCCGGCCAUGUCAAAAACGGUGGCCGAGGGUUUCGACGAUAAUUUCUGCAUCACCAAAGGCACCGAGCAGGGACGCACGUUUACGGCGCGCGUCGUCCACCCGCACAGUGGCCGUGUGUUGGAGGUCUACACCGACCAACCGGGUGUCCAGUUUUACACGAGCAACUUUAUGCCGGAUCCGAACAAGAAUAUUCGCCCUAAAGCAGUUAAUGCGGCGGAGUAUUACGAUGUGACCCGGCUGGAGCCGGUCGUAGCGGAGGGUGCUAACGAUCCCCCGAUACGUGGUAAGGCAGGAGCAAAAUACUUCAAACACGGUGCCUUUUGCCUGGAAACGCAAAAUUUCCCUGAUGCCAUCAACCACGACAAUUUCCCAUCGUCCGUGCUGAAUCCGGGCUCAGAAUACGUCCAUGAGGUAGUGUACAAGUUUGACGUUCUUCGUGACUAACUUUUCUCUGAUAGGGUGAAGGUAAACCAACUAAUAAAAAAAGAUAAUGUUUUGAACUUAAAAAUCCUGAAAUUACUAUUCAUUGAUACUGCCGGACGGGUCUAAUCGUGGAGGAAUCCAGCUUUCAGCGGUUUUUAGCUGGAAGGAGAAUGAUACAACUCGCAAUGAAAGAAGAUACUGUUCAUUCGACAU